ACGGCUAUGAGAUGGCGAGGAAGCUCCGUGUGUUGGAAAUCUUUCUGUUCAUCUGCUUCCUAAUUGUAUUGGCCGCGGAUAUCUUCUUGCUGUUUCUGGUGCUUGAGGAUACUUCAGAUGCUCCAUUUAGUCCACAGUGCCCUGAGAUCCCUGAAUCACAUAGGAUAGACUGUGCGCCUGGCGAGAUGGUGUCAAAGGAAAACUGCAUUGAGAAAUAUAAGUGCUGCUGGAAGCCUGUGUCAGACACUAAUGUCCCCAGGUGCUUCUUCCCCAGGAACUGGGGCUAUGAAGUCAAUGGAAGCCUUAAAUAUGAAAACACAGGGUUAACUGCUGACUUGAAAAAGGUGCUAACCCCAUCUCGGUUUGGAGAUGAUGUCUCUAAUGCCCACUUCACAGCUGAGUAUCAGACAUGCAGGCGUCUUCGUUUUAAGAUCACUGAAACCAAUAACACACGCUAUGAAGUCUCCCAUGAGCAUGUUAAACUGUUUAAUAUGACUGUUGGUUCCACCAACCGGAGCUAUUACAUCGAGGUCAUAGAGAAACCCUUUGGCAUCAAAAUAAUGAGGAUGAGCAACAAAAAAGUCUUGUUGGACACGAGCAUUGGGCCCCUCCUGUUCGCCAAUCAGUACCUGCAGCUGUCCUUCCUGCUGCCCAGCGCCAACGUGUAUGGGCUCGGAGAACACGUGCACCAGCAGUACCGCCACAACAUGGGCUGGAAGACCUGGCCCAUCUUCACCCGGGAUGCCACCCCCACCAAGGGCAUGAUUAACUUGUAUGGAGCUCACACAUUCUUCUUGUGCCUUGAAGACGCCAGUGGCUCCUCUUUUGGGGUCUUUCUGAUGAACAGUAAUGCUAUGGAGGUCACCCUUCAGCCGGCUCCUGCAAUCACUUACCGCACCAUCGGGGGCAUUUUUGACUUUUAUGUGUUCCUGGGAGACACUCCAGAACAAGUGGUUCAGGAAUACCUGGAGCUUGUUGGACGGCCAUUCCUGCCUUCCUACUGGAAUCUUGGUUUCCAGCUUAGUCGCAGGAAUUAUAAUAACAUCGAGGGAUUGAAAGAGGUUGUAGACCGAACUCGUAAAGCUAGGAUCCCAUAUGAUGUUCAGUACUCGGACAUAGACUACAUGGAUGGAAAGAAGGACUUCACUAUUGAUGAAAAGGCUUUCCCUGGUCUCUCAGAUUUUGCCAAGAACUUACACGAACAUGGACAGAAAUAUGUAAUUAUUAUGAAUCCUGGCAUCUUACAUGAUUCUGAAUACCAGCCCUAUAAGAAUGGAAGAAAAAAGAGAGUAUGGAUCUUGGGGAAUAAAGGCUUUGUCACUGGACAGGGAUAUCCCGGAAAGAUAGUCUUUCCUGCUUAUGAUAAUCCAACUUGUACUCAAUGGUGGACAGAAGAGCUUCAAGAAUUUCAUAAAACUUUGGAGUUUGAUGGAGUGUGGCUUGAAAUGGAGGAAGUAUCUAUUCUCCAAGGUUCUGAUCAUGGGUGUGAAGAUAACAACUGGAACUAUCCUCCUUUCACUCCCCGAGUUCUGGACCGCUCGCUUUUUGCAGGAACCCUCUGCAUGGACGCCGAGGUUUACCAGGAGCUUCACUAUAAUGUCCACAGCUUGUAUGGCUACUCCAUGGCAAGAGCCACAGACUCGGCCUUGAAUACUGUCUUCCCCAAUAAGAGGAACUUCAUCUUGUCUCGUUCUACUUUUGCUGGGUCUGGCAAGUUUGCAGCUCAUUGGUUAGGGGACAAUGCAGCUGCAUGGGAUGAUCUUCGAUGGUCCAUCCCUAGUAUCCUUGAGUUCAACCUAUUUGGCAUCCCCAUGGUCGGUGCCAAUAUCUGUGGUUAUAAAAAUAAUACCACAGAGGAGCUCUGCAGAAGAUGGAUGCAGCUUGGAGCAUUUUAUCCACUAUCCAGGAAUCACAAUGGGCCUGGGUUCAGGGACCAGGACCCUGCUGCCUUUGGUGAAGACUCUCAGCUCUUGAGUUCCUCCAGGCAUUAUCUGAACAUCCGCUACACCCUGCUGCCUUAUCUCUACACCCUCUUCUACCGAGCUCAUACCCUGGGGAAAACUGUAGCGAGGCCCCUGGUCCAUGAGUUCUACCAGGACAAUGCUACAUGGGAUGUGCAUGAGCAGUUCUUAUGGGGACCUGGACUCCUCAUCACGCCUGUGUUAUAUGAAGGUGUGGACCGGGUGAAAGCAUACAUACCAGAUGCCAUCUGGUACGACUAUGAGACAGGAACAGCCAUCCAAUGGAGGAAACAAUUGGUGGAGAUGCUACUGCCCCCUGAUAGGAUAGGACUUCACCUUCGAGGGGGCUGCAUAUUUCCCAUCCAGCAGCCAAACACAACCACAGAGGCCAGUCGGAAGAACUCCCUGGGACUCAUUAUUGCCUUGGACUACAAGAGAGAAGCAAAGGGAGAGCUGUACUGGGAUGAUGGUGUAUCUGCAGAUGCUGUAACGAAAAAGAAUUAUAUUCUGUAUGAGUUUUCUGUCACCUCGAACCAUCUACAAGCAAAGAUUACAAAUAAUUAUAUGGACCCCGACAACCUCACAUUUACAGAUAUCAUAAUCUUGGGAAUGGACAAAGAACCUACUAAUUUUGUCCUUAAUGAUAUUGCCAUUUUAAACGUUAGCUACAAUGCAUCAACGAAGGUGGUGAAAAUCACUGAUCUCGAGGGACUGGUACUGGGACAAGAAUUCUCCAUGAGGUGGACUCUUUUGGUCAGUGACCAAGAGAAGUUCAACUGCUACCCUGAGGAUCCCACUGCCUCUGAGGAGAAGUGCAAGCAGCGGGGGUGCCUUUGGGAGAACACAGUUGUUCCUGGUGUGCCCACCUGUUUCUAUGACACCAUCCCUAAGUAUGCUCCCAGUAAUAUUCAGUAUUCACCCACUGGCAUCACCACAGACCUUACCCACCUGACAGCCCCUGAGUCAGCUCGAGCAGCAGCACCAUCACCACGGAGCACGCGACAUACACCUGCAGCAGCAGCCGCCACCUCUCACCCUCUUUCUGCAGAGAUCAGCUCCCUUAGGAUCAGCGUGAUCUACCACACGGAAAGCAUGCUGCAGUUCAAGAUCUAUGAUCCCACUAAUAAAAGGUAUGAGGUCCCAGUGCCUCUGAACACUCCUUCCUCUCCUGUUGGCUCGCCUGAAAACCGUCUGUAUGAUGUCAGGAUUCAAAACCAUCCUUUCGGGAUCCAGAUUCAACGAAAAAGCUCCAGCACUUUCAAGAAGAAUUCCUAUGGUGUCCACCCCUACUACAUGGGACUGGAGGAGGAUGGCAAUGCCCAUGGAGUGCUUCUGCUAAACAGUAAUGCCAUGGAUGUGACAUUCCAGCCUACUCCUGCCCUGACAUACCGCACCACAGGAGGGAUUUUGGACUUUUAUGUAUUUUUGGGGCCAACUCCCGAGCUUGUAACUCAGCAAUACACUGAGUUGAUUGGUCGGCCAGCAAUGAUUUCAUACUGGGCCUUGGGAUUCCAGCUGAGUCGCUAUGGAUACCAGAGUGAUACUGAAAUCUCCAAUUUGUAUGAUGAAAUGGUGGAAGCCCAGAUUCCCUAUGAUGUUCAGCAUGUAGACAUCGAUUACAUGGACCGGAAGCUGGAUUUUACCCUCAGCACCAGCUUUCAAAACCUUAGUCUGCUGAUGGAGCGAAUGAAGAAAAAUGGCACAAGAUUUGUCCUUGUUCUGAAUCCAGGCAUUUCUCGCAAUGAGACCAAGUAUCUCCCAUUCACCACAGGGCAGGAAAACAAUGUAUUCAUCAAAUGGCCUAACAGCAGUGACAUUGUCUGGGGAGAGGUAAGGAUUGGGAGGAGAUGCCUAUAAUUAAUCAGCAUCACAAUAGACCCAGUGUGAGAGCCUGUGUUACUCUUCCAGAUGUACAAAGCCCACAUUGCAUAUCCUGACUUCCUGCGUAACAGCACAGCUGCUUGGUGGAAGGAGGAAAUAAAAAAGCUUUACACAAACCCAAAGAGCUUGAAGUUCGAUGGACUGUGGAUCGAUAAGAAUGAGCCAUCAAACUUUGUGGAUGGAUCUGUCAGUGGCUGCCGUGAUGAAAUUCUUAAUAAGCCACCGUAUAUGCCAUAUUUGGAGUCCAGGGACAGGGGUCUCAGCAGCAAGACCCUGUGCAUGGAGAGCGAGCAGAUCCUGCCCGACGGCUCCCGGGUGCGGCACUACGAUGUGCACAGCCUGUACGGGUGGUCCCAGACCAGACCCACAUACGAAGCUGUGCAGGAGGUGACUGAUCAGCGAGGGGUCGUCAUUACCCGCUCCACGUUCCCCUCUUCUGGCCGCUGGGCAGGACACUGGCUGGGAGACAACACGGCUGCAUGGGACCAGCUGAGGAAGUCUAUCAUUGGCAUGAUGGAGUUCAGUCUCUUUGGAAUACCUUAUACAGGAGCAAAUAUCUGUGGAUUCUUGGGAAAUGCUGAAUAUGAGAUGUGUCUUCGCUGGAUGCAACUGGGGGCAUUUUAUCCAUUUUCCAGAAACCACAACACCAUCGGGACAAGGAGACAAGAUCCUGUGGCCUGGAAUUCAACCUUUCAGACGUACUCAAGAAAAGUCCUCCAGACCAGAUACACCCUGCUGCCUUACCUCUAUACUCUGAUGCACAAAGCUCACGUUGAGGGCAGCACUGUUGUCCGCCCUCUCCUCCAUGAGUUUAGAGAAGAUAGGACAACGUGGGAUAUAGACCGUCAGUUCAUGCUGGGCCCUGCCGUCUUAAUCAGCCCCGUGCUGACAAGUAACACUUUUGAGGUCCAUGCUUAUUUCCCCAGAGCCCGUUGGUAUGACUAUAGCAUGGAAUCUGGCAAUACAUCGACAGGUGAGUGGAGAAUCCUGGAGGCUCCCCUUGACCACAUCAACCUUCAUAUCAGAGGAGGCUACAUCUUGCCUUGGCAAGAGGCUGCAAUGAACACUCACUCCAGUCGACAGCUAUUUAUGGGAUUGAUUGUUGCUUUGGAUGACAAUGGGAACGCUGAAGGUCAGAUGUUCUGGGAUGAUGGACAAAGCAUUGAUACCUAUGAAAAUGGAAACUAUUUUUUGGCAAACUUUACAGCAAGUCAGAACAUAUUGCAAAUCCAGACCAUGCACAAUAAGUAUUUGAAUGAUUCAAAUCAACUGAAAGUUGGAUAUAUUAAAAUCUGGGGGAUCCAUUCUACUUAUGUGACACAAGUCAAUGUCACCUAUGACAACAAGCAAUUCACGACAACGAAUUUCAUGAGUGACCCCUACAAUCAGACACUAACUAUUCAACUGAUUGACAAGAUUUUCAGUCUGGAAAAGUUAACUGAGGUCACUUGGAGUCACCAUGUUCCCGAUGUUACUACUACACCUAUGACGAGUACCUUCUCAUCAACAUCUCCAGAUCCUACAUCUACUAUUAUUGCUACCAUUUCUGAGUCUAUUGUCACUAGUUUUGCUUCAAGUACUAGUUCUGCUAGCAAUAGUACAGCCUCUCCUAUUAUAACCACUUCUUUCCCAACAAGUACUAUUGAAGAUACACCUGGUACUAUUGUUCCUAAUACUCCUUUCCCUACAAAUACUACCACUGCUAGCACUGGUACUGCCUUUCCUAUCACAACCACUAAUACAACUACUCCUUUUCCUACAACUACUCCUUUCCCUACAAAUACUACCACUGAAAUCACUGGUACUGCCUUUCCUAUCACAACCACUAAUACAACUACUCCUUUUCCUACAACUACUCCUUUCCCUACAAAUACUACCACUGAAAUCACUGGUACUGCCUUUCCUAUCACAACCACUAAUACAACUACUCCUUUUCCUACAACUACUCCUUUCCCUACAAAUACUACCACUGAAAUCACUGGUACUGCCUUUCCUAUCACAACCACUAAUACAACUACUCCUUUUCCUACAACUACUCCUUUCCCUACAAAUACUACCACUGAAAUCACUGGUACUGCCUUUCCUAUCACAACCACUAAUACAACUACUCCUUUUCCUACAACUACUCCUUUCCCUACAAAUACUACCACUGAAAUCACUGGUACUGCCUUUCCUAUCACAACCACUAAUACAACUACUCCUUUUCCUACAACUACUCCUUUCCCUACAAAUACUACCACUGAAAUCACUGGUACUGCCUUUCCUAUCACAACCACUAAUAUAACUACUUUCCCUACAGCCACUCCUUUCCCUACAACUACUACCACUGUUAGCACUGGUACUGCCUUUCCUAUCCCAACCACUAAUACAACUACUCCUUACCCUACAAAUACUACCACUGAAAUCACUGGUACUGCCUUUCCUUCCACAACCACUAAUACAACUACUCCUUACCCUACAAAUACUACCACUGAAAUCACUGGUACUGCCUUUCCUUCCACAACCACUAAUACAACUACUCCUUACCCUACAAAUACUACCACUGAAAUCACUGGUACUGCCUUUCCUUCCACAACCACUAAUACAACUACUCCUUUCCUUACAACUACUACCACUGCUAGCACUGGUACUGCCUUUCCUAUCACAACCACUAAUACGACUACUCCUUUCCCUAAAACUACUCCCACUGCUAUCACUGGUACUGCCUUUCCUUUCACAACCACUAAUACAACUACUCCUUUCCCUACAAAUACUACCACUGCUAGCACUGGUACUGCCUUUCCUAUCACAACCACUAAUACAACUACUCCUUUCCCUACAAAUACUACUAAUACUACCACUGGUACUGCUGGUCUUAUUACCACUCCUCUUUCCCCAACAGAUACCAAUGCUACUAGCACUAAUAAUACGCUUCCGAUUACAACUAUUCCUUCUCUUACAAAUACUGAGACUGAUACUACUAGCAUGGAUUCAGUUACUACAAAUGUUUUAAAUACUACCACUGCUAGAAACACAAAAACAACUACAGCUAUCACAACAGUUACUUUAAUAACAAAUGGUACUUCUGAACAAACUACUACAGUGAUCAUGUCAACUCUACCUCCUACAGGCACCCUUGGUAUCACCACCACAGAUAAUGCACUGACCAGAAUCAGUACCACUACUUAUCCUCCAGAUACCCCUACCCAUGCUUUAAGUACCACAUCCAGGAGCACUCAAAGCACCACCAAUACAAAUAUUACCAAUAUGACAACUGGUGUUACUGACAUUAUAAAUACUCCCACUAGAAACAGCUCAGCUACUACUGAUACAAUAAUUACUAGUACUCAAGACAUUUCCACUUCCUCACAUAUGAACAUUACAGAUAUUAAAUCUACUACUAAAGUUACUGGAAAUGCCAUCACAGCGUAUACUACCACCAUCACUACAUCUGUUUUCAGCACAAAAACUGCAAAUUCAAACACUACUUCUGACACCAUCCUUACAAACACUUACAUUCCAAGUACCACAGCUAUUCCCACCACCAAUACUAUGAACACUACAGAGCAUUCAGAAAAUAUUGCUGAUGAAGAUAACUCCAGGAGUGUUUUUAUUCCAAAUACUACAGUAGCCUCAGAUUCAUUAACACCUUUUCUAGAUACAGCAACUCACCAUCAUGUAACAACAAAUUCUACAACCAGUUUUUUACCUCUUAUUGUAACUAAUGCGACCACGGCUAUUACGAAUGUUACCAUUUAUGCUUCAAAUACUAGUAUUCCUGAUAGAACACCAAUGGAUGCCUCUACUCCUGCAUCGUCUUAUAUUGCAAACACCACAAAUACUACUGUAGUUCCCUGAUUACUACUCAAAGCAGGAUAACUACUACAGGCAUCUCUUUAAAACUAUUACAGAUAUAGAAAAUCAAUAAACAGGUACAUGAUUUUAUGCUACAUAAAUUUUCACAAAUAUCUGCACUAGCUUUUACAGAUAUGGCUACUCCAAGCACUGUAGGCAUUGAAGGUAUAUCUCAAGAUGUAUCCAGUACUUACUUUGUAACUACUUCUUUUGGAACCAGAAUAUAUGCAACUAUUUUUAAAAUUAUAACUCACAUAGCCCCAUCAAUUAC